GCUGGUACGUGAUUUCGGUUAUCAUAUGUACCAUAAAAUGAAUUUUUUCUAACAAUCUCCUCUUCCAACUUAUUCGAAUGGAUCCACGAUUCGAGUGAUUGAAUGUUUGAAGGUGUGUUUCGUUAAGUUGAAUUUAUUUAUUUUCAAUGGACAUCGGCUAAUUCGUUGUCUGACGUGUUACAAGACAUUUUGAAGAUGUGUAUGAUGACACUAUCACAUUUAUGAUACCUCACAGCCGUGGACUGGAUAUACUUGAUUGUUACAAUACGAAUCGUAUCUCAAAUAAUAAAAGUCUAAUCAAAUUGAAAUUUUUGAUAAAGUGUACUUGUUAACAUUGUGGAUUACAAUUAUAUGUUCAAUAACGAGUCUUUGGAUGUAAAGUGAACCUCUCGAACUGGUUGCUUGAAGUACCUCUACGUGAAAAAAAAAAUGUUUUCUUGUUUGUCGAAACUAUGGCUUCUCGGGGUCUUGUUAGCAUCUACCAAUUCAGUUAGUGCAUGGGGUAGAGAUGGUCACGCACUUAUAGCUAACAUUGCUCAAAGUUUGCUUACCACCGAAGCAACUGAAUUCGUGCGUACGUACCUGCCUUCAGAUAAUGGAACCAUGAGCAAUGUGUCCUCUUGGGCUGACAAUAUUCUUUACGCUGAUACGGAACCGAACUACUUGAACUGGCAAUGGUCAUCACCGUUACAUUAUGUCAACACGAGAGAUUGGAGCUGCGUUUAUGAUCGACUAAACGAUUGCAAUUGGAAUAGUACUCAAGGAUGCGUUGACGGAGCUAUACAGAACUAUACGACAAGAUUAGCAAAUCCUGAACUAGGUCCUACACAACUGGAAGAAGCAUUGAAGUUUAUUAUUCAUUUCAUUGGCGAUGUGCAUCAACCUUUGCAUGGCGGUUUCGCUAGUGAUCUGGGUGGAAAUACCAUUCGCGGUGAUUUUUUCGGUCGAUCGGUAAAUUUUCAUUCCCUCUGGGACACCACCAUGAUUCAACACAGAAUAAAUCAAGAUUUUCAGUCGCAAAGUUCGUUGUAUCUUGAACAUUUAAUGAGUCAAAUGAACGGACGAUACGCACAAAAUAUUGCUGGAUGGACGAAUUGCACGUCAACGGAUGACUCACAAUAUAUGGCAUGCUCGUCGAUGUGGAUCCAAGAAGAUGCUGAAUUAUGUUGUGAAAUCGUUUAUCGGGAUGAGUUAUAUCAACAGAUAACAUCCCAGACAGGUUUUAAUAUCAGCGAAACCUAUUACAAUACACGAAUCGAUACGAUUGAAUUACGGCUAAUUCAGAGCGGAGUACGACUAGCUGCUACUAUCAACGAAAUUGUGCGGAAAAAUUACACUGGUUCUGGAACGUUGCCACAGUUAUCGCUUCUGUUAAUUGCCUUUAGUUCGAUUUUAUUAAAUUCUAUGAAUUAAAUGAAUUUAAAAAAUAUCGC